AUGUUGGUCUACAAGACGCCCACGAUUGUGAGCACCGACCUUUUUGAUUUGGAGAAGCUUGGGGACCCCAGGAGCACCGAAGGGAUCCGCCUUCUCGGGAUGUUUCCCGGAUUUGAUUCCAAGAACAGUUUGUUUGGAACCACUGGAAAGAGAGAGCCAAAAGUGAUUGAUUUGGGCUGCGAAGCUGGAUCAACCCGCCGCCGGCCCGCCUUUGCAAGAUGCGAGCGCCGCUCGGAAGAGCAGCGCUCCCCCGGCAGCGCGGCGCUGCCGGUGUCCACCGCGGCGACGCCCAAGCGGCAGCGACCCGUGGUGACGGUCGAGGAACAUGUGCCCGAGCGCGUCCACUUGGAACUUCCAUCCCUGGUGCGACAUCGCUGGGAACAGCGUGUGCUCGCAGCCAGGGCCAGGACCGCGGCGCCCAAAGGGAAAGAUCCCCCCUUGAAAUGGUACAGCCAGCAGCUGGUGGAGCUCUGCGGGCCAAGAGCACUGCAGCUGGCGCCCCAAGUGCAUCAGCUCGAGGAGCAUCGCCUCAGUCGUCCAUGGAUUUGGAAGGAAGGUGGCCACUUGCCAGUGAUGCUGGAGCAGUGCAGUGUGAUGUUGUGCGAGGCAAGCCAAGUGGCAGAAGCGGCCACCCAAGCGCUCCUCUCCACUGGGCCUUCCACGGUCAUCGCCUCGGUCCGUGCGGUGCGCGAGAAGUGUUUCCGGGCCACGGAUGUGGAGCCGAGCAUCCACGCCUGCUUGGAAUGCAGCACGGCCGAGGAGGCCAUGGCCCUGGCGCAGGUGGAGCUGGCGCGGCUCCAAGGUGCCGGUUCUGCCCUGGGCUGUGCCCUGCGCAGCUGUCGAUGGUCCACGGAGCUGCGCAAGGCCUUUGAAGAUGAUCAGCUGUGGCAGGACUUCAUGUCGUUGGUGCCGUACUUGGAGAUGACUUUGUCCAAGCUUCAGGUCCUGUCAGACCUGGUCUUCCACCAGUUGGAGGAAGAUUUCAAGGUCGCUCCGCCAGACGUGGACUUAGAGAGUCCAUUGGACGGCGCCCAGACCAUCGCCUCGGUGGUCGAGGGCAGCGAUUCCUUUGCGGCGCUGUGGGCGGCGCAGGCGGAAGAAGAAGAUCCCAGCAACCACGCGGAGGCUCACGACGACACAGUUGCCCGUCUCGGCUCCGAUGGGGAGGAGGAGCGAGAAGCGACGGAAGCGAAGCCGAGGAAGAAAGGCAAGAAGAAGACGCUGACGAAUUCCCCGAAAAUUGGCAAGGGGAAGAAGUGA